GAGGAUAGACUUGUUACUAUCUGGUGUAGACAACCUCCAGAUUGCAUUCUGGAUGUGCUGCAAUUCGAGUGUAAGCAGACCUCUUGAUGAUAUUUCUCACUUGAAAAAAAAAAAAAAAACUAGCUAACUGUAUAGUUGUACGGAAGUGAUUUGGGUGAUAAAUCAUGUCGAGAAUGUUACCCGCGCCUUCUAGCUGAAUCCGAGGCCAGGGAUCUCCAUCCACCACGUGUCCAAUCAGGUUCUGCUCCGCUAGCCUCUAGUCCCCUCAUGUCCUCUCCUUCAAUCAUUUCCUCCACACCUUUUUCUGCGUCUCCAAUUUCACCGCUACUCUUCCAACUCAUCCCACCCACAUAUUGAUCGGAAUCUCUCCCGGCAUGGGAAUUCCGAGCGACGACGUCGUCGUUAUCCAGAAAGCAAAACGGCCCGGCGAGCCUUGCGUCAUCACCGUUAAUUGCCCGGAUAAGACCGGCCUGGGUUGCGAUAUCUGCAGAAUCAUCCUCGAUUUCGGGCUCUACAUCAAAAAAGCAGAUUUUUCGACUGAUGGGAUAUGGUGCUACCUUGUAUUAUGGGUGGUUCCAAAUUCAAGCUCAACAGCGGUGAAAUGGUCGAAUUUGGAGAAGCAGCUCCUAUCCGUGUGCCCGUCAUGUUCUGUUCCGUAUUACUUCUACCCCCAGCCUACAUGUUCGGCCCCUGCAGUUUAUCUAUUAAAGUUUCUUUGCUCUGACCGUUAUGGAUUAUUGCAUGAUGUCACUGAAAUUCUGUCUGAUCUUGAGCUUGCGAUUCAAAUGGUGAAAGUGACAACAACACCAGAUGACAGGGUCUUGGACUUGUUCUUCAUAACAGAUAACAUGGAGCUUCUGCACACAAAGGAGCGGCAAGAUAAGACAUUGAAACAGUUGCAAGCUGUGUUGGGUGAGUCGUGUACUAGUUGCGAACUCCAGUUGGUAGGUCCUGAGUAUGAUCCCCACCAUGGCAUCUCUUCUCUGUCUCCUGUAGUAGCCGAAGAGCUAUUUAGAUGUGAGCUUUUGGAUAAAGAAAUCCGUUCUCAAGCUCUUAGUCCAGAUAUGGCUAAACUAAAGAACGCCAAUGUGACAAUAGACAACUCAUUGAGCCCGGCACACACAUUACUUCAGAUCCACUGUGUUGAUCACAAGGGUCUCUUUUAUGACAUUAUGAGAACUUUGAAAGACAGCAACAUCAAGAUAGCUUAUGGUCGAUUUUCUCCAGCUACAAAAGGGUAUCGUGAUUUAGACCUUUUUAUUCAGCGAAAGGACGGGAAAAAGAUUCAGGAUCCAGAGGAGCAGAGUGUGUUGUGUUUGAAUUUAAAGGUGGAGAUGCUUCACCCACUGCGUGUUAUUAUUGCAAACCGAGGGCCUGAUACAGAAUUAUUGGUUGCUAAUCCAGUUGAGAAAUCUGGAAAGGGGCGACCACUAGUUUUCUUUGAUGUUACACGGGCACUAAAAGCACUGAAGAUCUGCAUUUUCUCGGCUGAAAUUGGAAGGAGGAUCUCAGCAGUAGAUCGUGAAUGGGAGGUGUAUAGUUUUCUGUUGGAGGAGAACACCAAAUUUCAAUUCUCAAAUAUGGUAGCUAAGAAUCAGAUUGUAGAUAGAGUUAGACGAACACUGAUGGGAUGGUGAGCAUAGUUAUCAUCCUUUUAUCAAUGUUCUGAGUCUUAAUGUAUCUAUAUGAGCUCGCUGUAGCUCUGCCCUCCCGGUGGGGUUGAGGCUUAACCUCUAUAAUGAAUGACUUAUGUUGAAAUCUGUUGAAGGUGACCAGUAUGUAUUGGUCCUGGCCGCAAGCAUGC